AUGGCAUCUCUUUCAAAAAGUCAAUGGUUUUUCAUGGGUUCCCUGUCAGUUUUUAAGGAGUUGGAGUGUUUGGCUUAUAGAAUUGUUCUCAGGAUUGAUCACCCUGUUGCAAUCCCUGAGAAAGGAAAUUUACUAGAUGCAGCUGAUGAAAGAUUGGGUGUAGAUUUUGAUAAAAAUGAAAUGGAGUGCUUUUUAAUUGUUGGAUUAUGGUGCACUCAUCCCAGCAGCAAAGAAAGGCCAAAAGCAGGACAAGUGAUUAAGGUUUUCCAGCUUGAAGCACCAUUGCCAAAACUUCCACAUAUCAUGCCUGAUUACCCAAUGCCUCAACCCCAACAAAAAGCUCAAUCUGGCUCCUCUCAGUCUCAGUUAUUCUUAACUUCUGGUUUCAAUACUAUGGGUCGUUAA